UCUCCCAUACACACAGACCCACAGCGAGACCGACACACACUCACACACACGCAGACACACAACAGCACGCAGCGAGGCUCGGGAAGUCAGGUCGCCUUCUCGCCUCGGCGCCUUCUUCGCUGCAGCCAGCCGGCUCUCCCCAGGGGCCCGGAGCUCGGUCCGGGCCGCGCAGCCCCAAAAGAGGACGAGCUCGGUGGACCCCGCGGUCCCUCCAUGGGCAAACGCGGGCGGCCGCGCAAGGAGGCGCGCUGCGAGGGCGCGGGGCUGGCCCCCGCCGCGCCCCCGGCCGUGACCGCGCCCCAGCCCCCGGCCCAGCCGGAGGAGCCCGCGGGGGCCAAGCUCAGGUGCCCCUUCUCGGACAUUUUCAACACCAGCGAGAACUCGAUGGAGAAGCACAUCAACACUUUCCUGCAGAACGUGCAGAUUCUGCUCGAGGCCGCCAGCUACCUGGAGCAGAUCGAGAAAGAAAACAAAAAGUGUGAACAUGGCUACGCCUCAACGUUCCCCUCCAUGCCGAGCCCCCGGUUGCAGCAUUCAAAGCCCCCACGGAGGUUGAGCCGGGCACAGAAACACAGCAGUGGGAGCAGCAACACCAGCACUGCCAACAGGUCUACACACAAUGAGCUGGAAAAGAAUCGACGAGCUCAUCUUCGCCUGUGUUUAGAACGCUUAAAAGUUCUGAUUCCACUAGGACCAGAUUGCACCAGGCACACAACACUUGGUUUGCUCAACAAAGCCAAAGCACACAUCAAGAAACUUGAAGAAGCUGAAAGGAAGAGCCAGCACCAGCUAGAGAAUUUGGAACGAGAACAAAGAUUUUUAAAGCGGCGACUGGAACAGCUGCAGGGUCCUCAAGAGAUGGAACGAAUACGAAUGGAUAGCAUUGGAUCAACUAUUUCUUCAGAUCGUUCUGAUUCAGAGCGAGAGGAGAUUGAAGUGGAUGUUGAAAGCACAGAGUUCUCCCAUGGAGAAGUGGACAAUAUCAGUACCACCAGCAUCAGUGACAUUGAUGACCACAGCAGCCUGCAGAGUGUUGGGAGUGACGAGGGUUACUCCAGUGCCAGUGUCAAACUUCCGUUCACUUCCUAGAACCCAGCAUGACAUGACAGUGCAGGGCAAAAUACUCACUGGGCCAAUUCAAUCCAAACAAUCUCUUAAAUUGGGUUCAUGAUGCAGUCUCCUCUUUAAAGCUAAGCAAAACUAUACUUGAACAAAAGGGUCGAGAGACCUCUAUUUAAGCAAAUACUUAGCAAAAAGUGGGGCAGAGCCUCCCCAGCAGAACAAAUAUUCAUAUUUGAAAAUCACAGUUUCUAAUGGCAGCAGAAAAUGUGUGUGAAAUUUUCUCAAUUUGAUUUAGUUGAUUUGAAAGAGGACACUGGAGAUUACAUCCUCUUUUUCUAGUUUCUAGUUUGCUCCUAUCACAUUGAUUGAGUAGACACAUUUAAGGAUGGGAUUAUGAACCCUUCCCGCUCUUUGUUCCUAAAAACAAACAAGAAUCAAACCUAUAGUAAUGACAAGAUAAUCAGGCAUUAAUCUUGGAUAGCUAAAAAGCUAUUAAAACAGCCUAGGACAGCUUAUCAUGAAGCCUGUGGAUGAUCUUUAUAAAAAGGAAAAAAAAAAAAAAACUCAUUUCAUGCUCUGCAAAAGGAGAGACUCCCAUGAAGCCUUUUGAAAGGGAUCAUCAUGCAGCUCAGCUUUCUGUUGGAUUCCAUGCUAAGCAAGCUAACCUUAUCCUGCAUUGUUAGCACUAGGGCACCCAAUCGCCAGCUCUACAGUCAGCCGCCCUUAGGCCGUUGGGCACAUGGGGCAGUCCCUGUGCGUGACAGCCUCUACCAUGCAGGGCCUGGUUUCGGAUUGAGGGGCCAGAAGGGAAAAGCUUCACGUGCCUCUGUGUCUGCGUGGGCCAGAAGAGUUGUACACGCAGAUUAGCAGGCCAAGGUCUGAGCCACGGCAGCAUUUUUAUUUCAGAUUUUGAUAACUGUUUGUAUGUGUUGAAAACCAAAAUGACAUCUUUUUAAAGCUUGUCCAUAAAAAACAUAGACGUCUUUUAUAGUGUAAAACACAUGGGAAAAAAUCAUCUAUUUUGAUGCAGCAUUUGAUAAUGAUAAAACACCUCACACCUCACUCUUUAUAGUGCACAAAAUGAAUGAGGUCUGGGCUAAGUAGAAAAAAGGUCAGUGCUGUUUUGUUUUCUUUUAGAAUCAUUACCUUUUAUCAUCUCUUAACCAUCUGAUAUCUAUAGUAGACACACUAUCAUAGUUAACAUAGUUAAGUUUGGCACUUGUCUCAUUUUAAUGUAAAGAUUUGCUUCCGUUUUCCUACAGGCAGUCUCUCUCCUUCCUCACAGCCCCAUUGUGCAGGUGCUAUUGUUGCUCUUGUCAAUAUUUUCAGAAACGUUAUUUUAAGUGAAAUUUCCAGCCUGCACUUUGAUGUCAUGUGUUCCCUUUGUCUUUCAAGCUCCAAGGUUCUCCCCGGCCCUCCCCCUUAGCCUGGGAAGCCUUGGAGACCUUACCCUGACUCUUUGGACUUCGUAUACUUUAAAUAAUUUAACUACCCUUAAUUACUUAAAAAAGGAAAAAAAAAGCUUUAUGAUUUUCAUAACUUAUUGCUGAUUUUAAUGGGUUAAUUUCAGUCCUGUAGUUUUAUUUUGUUUAGAUAGGGCUGGGCAAGGAAAAAGAAAAUAAAGACAACCAUAUUUAGCAGUGCAGUUGAGUUGUGUGUAUAAUGUUAAACUAUCCUUUCUAAGUAGCACUUUUAACAGCUCUCACUGCUUCUAUAAAGUGAACCAUCUUGGUCAUACACAAGGCCUCAUCAUAAACUUAUUUGUUCUUGUGCUCUUCCUGUGCCUCCAGAAAUAUUUUAUCCUUGAUUGUGGUAUGUUUGAGUGAAAGAAAUUCUUUGAAGUAGAUGUGUGAAAAACUGCAUGCCUUUAGAAGCCCAUUAUUAGAACUUGCUACUUCAGGUGCUGGGGACUUAAUGCAAAAUAUGGUAAAAGAAAUUUGUUUCUGUGGCCCAGGUAAAUUAUUUCUGGUUUCAUUUAUAAUUACUCCUGGCCAAGUCAAAAUAUUCCUCUAUAUGCUUACUUUUGACUUUCCCAAGGGAGACAGUUUGAAGACUCUGCUAACUACCAUGGAAAGUAAAUGGAAGCCAGUGACAGUGUUUCUGUUUUGUUAUUCCCAUGGCAUUCACUUGAAUCACUUGCCUAGGGCUGGAAUUUAGGACUUUAUUUAGGUGAACUUGAGGCGCUGCCAUUUUGCUGUAUAUGUACAGGAUGGUGGGCUGGGAAGCCUUUGUCACAAACCUAUAGAACCUAUUUCAACUGCCCCCUAAAUUACUCCUUCCCUGAAUUUGUUUCCCUUGGGGGAAGGGAAUGGAUUGUAUGAUGAGUAAGUAUUAAUUUUUUAAAAGACAAACUGACUUUGAAGAUACAAAAAGUUAACUGCAAGAAAUAAAAAUUGUGAAUGAAGAACACCCGAGUGCUUUUUGUACCACCCUUCUCUACGAAGGAAAAAAUACAAGUGAACAUCCACGCCUUGAGAGGCAACUCUCUCUCAGUGUCCAUGUUGAUACUACUUCAAUGGUCGGAAUUAAUGGCAGUUUGAAAUCAUUGCCAUUUCCUAUUCUAUAGUUUUACAACAGGUGCCUUCUUGACUGAUAAUUCCUUGUAAACUAACUGCAGAUGGUUUAAUGUACCAAAUAAUCUUAAUUUCUUCAGGCAGGACACAGAGCCAUUUAUCAUUAUCUGUUCUCCAAAUAACUUUUUAGGGAAUCCCUUUGGCUAUGUACUAUUAUUCAAAUUGAAAACCAGUCUGGAGGGUCCCAUUUAAUGCUAACCUGAGUUAACACUGCCCCCUAUAUAAAAGAUCUGUGUGCUAUAUGAUGUGUGCUCAGUUACUCAGUCAUGGCUGACUCUUAGAGACCCAAAGGACUGUUGCCCGCUAGGCUCCUCUGUCCAUGGGAUUUCCCAGGCAAGAAUGCUGGAGUGAGUUGCCAUUUCCUCCUCCAGGGGAUCUUCCUGACCCAGGGAUUGAACCCGUUUCUCUUGCGUCUCCCACAUAUUCAGGUGGAUUCUUUACCAUUAGUGCCACCUGGGAAGCAACAACAGCUUUUAGUACUAUGAAGGGAUUUUAAAAGACAAUGAGAAUUACUGAGGCAAAGCUUCUAAACCUAAGGCCACACCGAUGGUUUCCUGGGUCAUUUCUCUUGAGAACUGUUUACCCUCUAGGUAAAGGUUUACCAACUGUUUACCCUCUUGGUAAAGGUUUUUUCAAGGGUUUGUUUUCUUCCACUUAGUCCUUUUGCUUCUAUUAUCCUUCCAUCGCAAAAUAUUCCAUAGCCCCUUCCAAAAACUGCAUAAUAGAACAAGGGUUUUGGCUACAUUUAAAUAGCAGUUUUAACAUUUGCUAAGGAUGCUGGGCAAGUUACUGAAUUUCUUCAUGGAGACUGUCUCCUUCUGAAAAAGUUGUUAAAAAUACUACCUCUAUUCUGAAAGACUGUUAAGGAUUAAAACUGACAUAGGUAAUUCAACCCCACCCCCACAAUCUAGGGGCUUGUAGCACCUAGAUUAAGAGGUAUAAACUCCUGUACUUUCUCUGAUGAAUGCAACUGUCUAAUCUCUUCAUCUUUAACUUUAGUUAUUCUGACUUUGGGUCUUCCCAAAAAAGACUAUUAAUAAAAUGGUUCAUUUUCACAAAAUUCUGUGGCAGGUUAUACAUUGUAAGACAUAAAUUUUGACAUCCAAUAGAAAUUUUUAAAUAAAGGCUUUAUAAGAGUCAUGUAUCAUUGGUUUUAGUGACUACCUGGUCUUCCUAAAAAAAGAAAAGGACCUGAGUUUGAGUAUGUUAUACACUGAUAGUAACUGCUGCAUAAUAAAUUGAGUGCCCCAGUUAAUAUUUUAGUGCUGGCCUCACCAUGAAAAAGCAUCUUAUUUGCCUAUGUACUAGAUCUAACAGGAAACUAGUUUUCUUAUGGAAUACAUCUGAUUCUUUUAAAUAACAAGUGUAGUUCAAAACAGAGUACUGGUUGGCAGCUUCAGUUCUUCCUUGUUUUACCUUUGGGCUCAGUAACCCAGUUGUGUCCGACUGUUUGCAGCCUCAUGGACUGUAGCCCUCCAGGCUCUUCUGCCCAUGGAAUUUUCCAGGCAAGAAUGCUGGAGCAGGAUGCCAUGUCCUUCUCCAGACCAUCUGACCCAGGGGGUUGAACCAGAGUGUCUUUCGUCUCCUGCACUGGCAGGCGGAUUCUUUACCACUAGUGCCACCUGGGAAGCCCUUUACCUUUUCAUACAGUAAUCAAUGAUUAGGGGAAAUGACUUAAAAUGAAGCUCUUUUAAAGUUCUGCCAACUUUUCUAUAAGUUUGGACUUUUCUAUUUUCCCAAGCUCUUAGCUAUGGAGGAAUGCUUUUAAAAAUCUUUACCAGUAGGACAGUAAUUGGGAUAUUCUAGAUUUUCAUACCAGGGACAGAAUAGCAUUGUAAAAACAUAAAAGCCAUAAAAUACCUCUAAAAUGUAUAUAAUACAAAUUUAAGAAGUCAACUGUUUCUAAGUUAGCAGCUUCAUCACACUCACUCUGAAAGGUCAACUAAACUCGACGGUGCUUUUGGAGGGAAAAACUCUGGGCAAAAGAACCAAAUGGAUACUUAAUCCUCCUUCCCGCAUACUUCUGGGCAAUGAACAACUGGACAAUUAUCAUCUAUUAAAGACUAGCCUAGCUGCAGAUCUCAGACUUCAACACUAGUUUUCCAAAGUCAAGUGUCUGCUCCUAAGUCAAGUGUUUCCUCCAAGCCCGAAUUGUUUCUGUGGUCAGAAAUUCACUGCAUCUUGCUAAAGUGAGUUACAGGGCUUAAAAGGGGGAAAAAACAAAUGCACAUCAGUUCCACCAAAAAAAUGAAAGUCAUGAGCCAGCAAAAUAAUAAUCAUGAUUUUGGGGCCUCAAGCUGACAGAUUAGCUCUUCAAACAUUAAAAAACAAAAAAACCCUUUUCUUCUAAUGAGCAUAACCAUGGCUUCUUUAGCUGUGCUGUUUAACUGGGGAAACAAAUUACAAUUUUAAUAAUUGUAACAAGUAACAAGUCUGUAACCAGUAACAAGUCUACUUGUCCUGUAAAAAUGAACUGGUCAAGUGCUUGCUUGGUGGAAGUAAACUGCCAGUUUUUUUUUUUUUCCUAGCGACUGAAAGAUGACUUAAGUAUCCAAAAUUUGGUAUUUUUAGUAUAAGUUCAGCUUAUUCUCAGAUCUGCUUUUCCCUGCUCAAGGCACACACAAACAAACUUAGGUUGGUGCAGAAAUAAUUGCGAUUCUGCUUUGUUGACCUUUUUUGUUUGACAUUGGAAUACAUUCUUAAUCAUUUUAAUGUGCAUUUCAUGCUUUUUUUUUUUGCUAGUGGCUUGUUACUUGCUGUUUAUAUUUUAGACUAUGGAAAUAACAUUAAGACAAAAAGCAAUUUGAGUGAUUUUCUUAUUUGAGUUUAAAAUGGGUUGUAAAGCAGCAGAGACAACUCACAACAGCACAUUUGGCCCAGGAACUCCUAAUGAAUGUACAGCGCAUGGUGGUUUAAGAAGUUUAGCAAAGGAGGGAGCCUUGAAGACGAGGAGCGCAGUGGCCAGCCAUCAGAAGUUGACAACGACCAACAGAGAGCCAUCGUUGAAACUGAUCCUCUUACAAGUACAUGAGAAAUUGCCAAGGAACUCCACGUCGACCAUCCUAUGGUCAUUCAGCAUUUGAAGCAAAUUGGAAAGGUGAGAAAGCUCAGUAAAUGGGUGCCUUGUGCACUGCCCACAAAAUCAAAAAUAUUGAAGUAUUGUCUUCUCUUACUCUACGCAACAAUGAACCAUUUCUCAAGACUGUGACAUGAUGAAAAGUGGACUUUAUGUGAUAACCAGCUCAGUGGUUGGACUGAGAACCUCCAAAGCAGUUCCCAGAGCCAAACUUGCACCCAAAAAAGGUCAUGGUCACUGUUUGGUGGCCUGCUGCUGGUCUGAUCCACUAAAGCUUUCUGAAUCCUGGCGAAACUUACAUGGAGAAGUGUGCUCAGCAAAUUGAUGAGAUGCACUGAAAACUCCAACUCCCACAGCUAGCACUGGUCAACAGCAAGGGCCUAACUCUUCUCCACUACAGGGCCUAACUGCAAGCCGCACAACUGCUUUAAAAGUUGAAUGAAUUAGGCUAUGAAGUUUUGCCUCAUCCUCCUUAAUCACCUGAUCUCUCGCCAACCAGAUACCACUUUGAGAAUCCUGACAAUUUUUUUUUGCAGGGAAAAUGCUUCCACGACCAGCAGGAGGCAGAAAAUGCUUUCUAAGAAUUCACUGAAUCCCAAGGCAUAGAUUUUUAUGCUAAGAAUAAACUUAUUUCUCAUUGGCAAAAAUGUGUUCAUUGUAAUGGUUCCUAUUUUGAUUAAUAAAGAUGUGUUUGAGCCUAGUUAUGACUUAAAAU